UAAGAUGCACGUCACAACGCGUUCACAGGACACCGCUUUAAAUUACACAGCAACACAAACCAGAAUUGCAAGCAUACAAGUAUAGUUGAUAUAUUCUAUUAAACACUGCAGCUACCUUCGUCUGUUGGGCAUUAGCUUAGCAGCCGGAAAAUGCGCAGAAAACGUGUCGAGUUUUGAUUACGUCACCCGUAAUCGCGUCUCUACAGUACACGAGGGGAAAAGAAGCUAAAUCCACUCAGACCUGUGAUUAAAAUAUAAACCAUGGGCAAGCAGAAAACAAAGAAGUUUGCUGCCAUGAAGAGAAUGAUCAGUCUGAAAGAUAACAGACUAAAAGAGAAAGACCGAGCUAAAGGAAAAGAGAAGAAGAAGAAGAAAGAUCCCUCAGAGCUGAAGCAGAGAGAAGUGACAAAGUACCCAUCAUGCCUGUUCUUCCAGUACAAUACUCAGCUUGGUCCACCGUACCACAUUCUAGUAGACACCAAUUUCAUCAACUUCUCCAUCAAGGCCAAACUGGACAUUGUUCAGUCUAUGAUGGACUGCCUGUAUGCAAAAUGUAUCCCAUGUAUCACAGACUGUGUGAUGGCUGAGAUCGAAAAGCUCGGGAUGAAGUACAGAGUCGCACUCAGGAUAGCCAAGGAUCCGAGGUUUGAAAGGUUGCCGUGCACACACAAGGGGACAUAUGCCGAUGACUGUUUAGUCCAACGGGUGACACAGCACAAGUGUUACAUCCUGGCCACUGUGGACAGAGAUCUGAAGAGAAGAAUCAGGAAGAUCCCCGGCGUACCCAUCAUGUACAUCUCAAACCACAGGUACAAUAUUGAGCGGAUGCCUGAUGACUAUGGUGCUCCAAGGCUUUAACAUUUCUACAACUGAGCUGGACCUGUAAAUAGACAAAGUUUCCUGUUUUAAUAUGACUUUCCUUUGAUGUCCAUCCAAAACAGUGUGAGCUUUGAUUUGGUGAGGAUGGGCUGUGUUUGAUCUAACAGCACAUUACUUGUUGUGUUUUUCUUUAUGAAACUUUUUGUUGCAAAAAUAAAUCAAUUGUUGCAAUGUCCAUGUGCAGUGUGUUUUUCCCAACACACCAAAUAGUAGAGGCAUGUUUGUUAUAUGAGCAAAGAUGCUAACUUACUAUGAGAAAGAUUCACAAGCAAUUUCAGGUUCCUAUGUUUACUCAGUUUCUUCUGUCUUAAUGAAUUUGUUCUGAGGUCUUUUAUUUGAUUACAGAAGAUAUGUAUUUUUCUUUUUCCUACAAUGCUAUUUAUUGAGAUGUACAAAGGAAGGACAAGGAGGAGGUAAUGGAAAUAUUACACAACUAUUGACAGUUUAAUUACAAUUAAAGACUUUGACAUGACCAGAGCAUGCUGGAUUGCAGGAUGUAUAUUUUUUUAUUAUCUUUUUAUAGUUUUUAUUUCACUUUUAAGAAAUAUUACAUUUACUUAAAUUCACCAAACACUGUCACUGUUGCGUUUGCACUGCCAACAGCCAAAAAGCACUUGGAACGUG